CUAAGUUCACGAGACUAGAGCAGAGAGAUAAAGAAAAAACCACUCUUAUUGCCAAAAUGGAUGAUGAUAUCAAGGAAAUCAAACAAUCAUCGGCCAAUGCCAGCUCUGUCGAAAAUCCCAACAAUGUUGUUCGCCUGGGUAAACUAGAAAAGAUGGCAAAGUCAUCAAAUACAUCUGAUAGUACAUUUAAUUCUAAUGCAUGCAAACCUAUUCCUAACCAGGAUGUUACCUUUGGUAACGCUUAUGUAUCAGAAACUGUUAAUAAUGUUGAGAAGGUAUAUGAGCCAGAGAUUAAUAAUAUUACUAAUUGUACUCCCUCAGAAUCAUCUCAUGAAAUAGAGACUAUAAAGUUUUCUUCUUCCAAAACCACAGUUCUUGGAUCGAUAAGUAUUAAGAGACUUGCCAAUUCAUUCUGCCAAGCAAAUGUAGUGGAACUUAGAUCUAAUGAUAAGAAACUUACAGAUCAGACUGCAAAAAAGCAGAUCUAUAAUGAAAUGAAGCCGUAUCUCACAGGUAUUUCAGAUGAAUAUUUACGCAAAAUGACCUCUAAGGCAAGAAAAAUCAAUAAGUUAUUAUGGUUUGAAUAUGAUCCUGUAAUUCUGAAAAAGAUUGAUGAACAGGUCAAAUCGAAGAGAAUUACUGAUCAGAGUUAUGAGAAUGAAAUCGCCUCGACCAUAGCCAAUACAUCAGCUAAUGACCCCUCAGAUGAUAAUUUUAGUGACACGUCUGAUAUUACAUAUUAUUUUAAGGAAAAAGGAGCGAAUGAUUCGGCCGAAGGCGAGGAGGAUUCUAAAAA